AUGAUCCACAAACGCAUGCUCCGACCAAUGCCCAUCGCCUACCUCACCGCACGCUAUAGCCUCCUGAUCGGCCUAUUCUUCCUCUGCCUAUUCACUCUGCCUCUCUUCAACGGUCACGCGCUGGACCACUACGCCGUCCACUGGUCACGUCCGAUCUUUAUGCCUCUCAACUUGAUCGCCACUUCCGCUGUCCUCGGUUACCGAGCACUCGUGAUUCACUUUGAGCGACUGCGACCUAUCUCUCUCACCAUUCAUCUACUCCUUGCAGCCGAACUGAUAGGCGGAAUCCUCAUCACGCUCCUCGCUGACAUUGAUCCCAACGCUAUCGAAUCACACCCAAAACUAAGCCCUAGCAAUGUCUAUGUCUCACCAGCAUGGAUUUGCGCUCCUCUAGUAAUUGCUGUUGUGAUCGAUGUGAUCCUCACCCUAAUCGUUGUCAUACCGAUCUUGCGCCAGGGGGAAACACCAAAGAAGGGAGAUGUGAUACACAUGUUGCUAUCCGAUGCAACAUUUUUCGGCAUCUUUUCAAUCGCUGUAAAGCUCGGAGCGAUAGGAUGUACGGUUGCGUUCGCGGCGAAUAGUGCAAUACCGUAUUUGCCAGUGAGGGUAGCAAAUGUGGCAAGUACGAUCUUUGCAUGUAGGAUAUUCAGACGUCAAGAGGUCUUCUUGCAGUUGCAUAGGGAGAGGAAAGCAGAGCCUAGCUUAAGGGCGAUUGAGUUACGGACGCUCGAAGCGGGGGGCAGUGGGGGCAAGAGGAAUGGGAAGGAAGGGGAUGAGAGGGUUAGGGAGGUAAGGUGGAAAGCAUCGGUCAGUUUGACUGAAAUGGAAGCGCUGGCUGGAGGCAAUCUGCAGCAGCAGGCCGAGGGGAAAAGAGCUGUUGACGGCAACCUUGGACGAAUCUCAGUGACACAAUAA